AGAGUGGAGGUCUGUGUCAAAGCAUUGGGACGUGUGGGGUCCAGAGUCUCAUGCAGGCUUUGUUAAGAUUUCUUCAGCCACAUUUAAAAUGGGUGGAAUUCCAGCAACUUUACUCCUCAGCCUCUUCCUCAGCUCGGUUCUUCAGGGCAUGUGUAAAGAUGUAUUUAUUGACACCAAAAGAGCCUCUGAGGUUUUCAUCAGAGCAAGGCGAGCAAAUACCUUUCUUGAGGAGGUGAAGCCUGGUAACCUGGAGCGUGAGUGUCUGGAAGAGAUAUGUGAUCAUGAGGAAGCCCGUGAAGUGUUUGAAAAACCUCAGCCAACGAAACAAUUUUGGUGGAAAUACCAGGGCUGCAAUGGCCUGACAUUGCCCAGAGAUCCAACAUCUAUAAAGACUCUCAGAUCAUGCUUGGAUGCAUCCGGCGACUGUUCGUAUGAAAAAGGAGAAACGUACAGUGCAGCGGUGUCCACCACCUCCAGUGGAAAGGCAUGCCAGUACUGGAGCAGCAACUUUCCACACAGAAUCACAGAAUUCAACACAUCCCUGGAUGAUUCAUUGAAAGAGAACUACUGCCGAAAUCCAGAUCAAAGUCCUGAUGGACCUUGGUGCUUCACUCGUGAUCCCACAGUCAGAAGAGAGAGCUGUGCUAUUCCAAACUGUGACGGACCAUUUGUUGCUGUACCUCCCCCUACAAAAGUCACUGUGACUAUCGAUUACUCCAGUUCAACAAACUGUCUAACUGACAAUGGCAAAGACUAUAAAGGAACCCUGUCUGUCACUAUGAAGGGUUUCACAUGUUUGCCCUGGAAUUCCCCUAAAGCUAAAAAGAAGGCUUCAGGAGUGGAGUUUCUCCCCAAUGUUGUACUGGACGCCAACUACUGCAGAAAUCCAGAUAAUGACACAGAAGGGCCAUGGUGCUUUGUAGAUUACCCCAAUGUCACCAUGGACUAUUGUGACCUGGACUUGUGUGAGGAUCCACUAGAUAGUGAAGUAAGUGUUGAGCAAGUUCGCCAGCGAACUGUGAGACCUGGUCCUAAAAAGGAUUUCUUCAGUCCCCGGAGUUUUGGCAAUGGGGAGCAGGUGUGUGGAGAGCGCCCAAUGUUUGAGAAAGCAGGUCAAACAGAUUCAAAAGAAAAGGAAUUAUUUGACUCUUAUCGUAAACAGAGAAUUGUGAAAGGGGAAGAUGCAGAGCUUGGAAGCGCCCCAUGGCAGGUGAUGCUGUACAAGCGUAGUCCCCAGGAGCUGCUGUGUGGGGCUAGUUUGAUCAGCGAUGAGUGGGUCCUCACUGCUGCCCACUGUAUCCUCUACCCUCCAUGGAACAAGAACUUCACCAUUAAUGACAUACUUGUUCGGCUUGGCAAAUACUCUCGCUCAAAGUUUGAGAGAGGGAUUGAGAAGAUUGUGGCCCUAGAUAAAAUUAUUGUCCAUCCUAAAUACAACUGGAAGGAGAACCUUAAUCGUGACAUUGCUCUCCUGCAUAUGAGGAGGCCCAUAGAAUUUUCAGCUCAUAUCCAUCCAAUUUGCCUACCCACCAGGCAGGUGGCUAAAGAUUUGAUGAUGGUUGGAUUUCUGGGUCGUGUAACAGGUUGGGGGAACCUCUUUGAGACAUGGUCUUCUUCUCCAAAAGCAAUCCCUUCAGUCCUUCAGCAAGUCCAGCUGCCCAUUGUCGAGCAAGAAACCUGUCGGAAAUCUACCUCAAUUCGUAUUACAGACAACAUGUUUUGUGCUGGAUUCCAACCAGAGGAAAACAAAAGUGGUGAUGCUUGUGAAGGGGACAGUGGCGGUCCCUUUGUCAUGAAGAGUCCUACAGAUAAUCGCUGGUAUCAGAUUGGUAUUGUGUCUUGGGGUGAAGGCUGUGACCGAGAUGGAAAAUAUGGAUUCUACACUCAUCUUUUCCGCAUGAGAAGGUGGAUGAGGAAGGUCAUUGAGGAUACAGAUGACGAUGAUGAAUAAUGGAGUGUUUUUUCCCAUUGUGAGAUGUGUUCCCAUUUUUAUCCAGUUUGACUUAAAUAUGUCAAAGUGAGAAUAAUAGCUUGACCUGUUGUGUUAUCAAUUCCCAUUGCUACCCUGAGUGAAGAUGCCAUCUAUGGAACAUCUACAAGCCCUUACUGGGAAUUGAAUAAAAAAUAUUGAAAGAAAUAA